AUGAAUAUCUUUGUGCUUAUAUGGUUUAUUGGCUGGACGUGUGCAGUGGGUAGGAAUGGGAGAGGACAAGACGAGCACGACGACUUCCCAUUCACCACAGUAGUAGAUAUACUAUCUCAGAACGUCGAAUUCUCGACAUUCCUGACACUGAUUCAGAAAGGCGGGUAUAUUCCGUACUUGAAUGAGCUGGAUAACUUCACAUUGUGGGCACCAGUGAAUUCAGCCUUUGUGGAGGAUGAGCAGGAGCUGCUGAUGGGUACAUUCGACAUCGAUAACUAUAUUAUACGAGAUUGUAUGGUGAUAACCUCCGAUAUUGGCAACUCGACGCAGUUUUUGUCAGAGAAUGUCAAAUUCCCUUUCUUCCUGAGUCGAAGGAGCCCAGAAUCUGCCUACGUCAAUGGCAUAGAAAUUAUAGAGCCUGAUCUUUUACCAAACGUUCAGAACGCUACUGUACAAGGCAUAUCGUCACUGAUAAAUAACCCUCCUGGAUUUGCUGAAUUGAUUGAUAGAGAGCAUAGAAAGGACCUGGGUAUCUUCAAGACGUUAACAAACAACUUAUAUGCAACAUUAGAGAGUAUGAUCCAGAAUAGGACGAUACUGAUGAUAGAGGACAUGGCCUUUGAUGAUGCAUUCAAUGAAAUUGAGCUAAACUAUCUGCUGGACCGUUUUAAUAGCACCAAUAGUAUAGGUGAAGAUAUUUCAAGAACAUGGAAAGAAGAUAGCUUGAGGCUUAUGCAAGCAAUGAUUCUAAGGGAAAUGGUAGCGGGCUCACUAGAAGAAGAGGCUAUAUCUUUUGAUCUAAAUAACAAAAUGAUUCGGGUUGACUCUAUAAGUAAUGGGAAUCAGGUAAAGAUUAAUGACACCAUUGAAUCAACUAAGGGGAAUUUAUUGUAUAAUAGAGGUGUUUCACAUAUAUUUCGUGAUUUCAGUGGAUUGAAUUCAACUGUAGAAUUUAAUGCAGAGAAAUAUCUGCAUGGACUCAAUAAAUCAGAAUUCGUAAAGGAACUUUAUUUCCGGAAAUUACAGAAUAUGAUAACAUCGGAUGAGAAUCUUACGAUAUUUGUUUCCGAAGAUGGCAACGACGACGUUACCGGAUAUACUAAGCCGUCCUUGUUAUACCAUUUUGCAGAAGAAAAGAUAUGGAUAGAGAGGGAAAUCACUAGUGAAGGAAGCCAAGCGUCGAAGUUAUAUGAUUCAGCCUUUUGUUCAUCAAAUAAGAGAUUAGGAGGUCAUUGCCAAAAGUUUAAAAUAACUAAGAAAGGUGAUGAUUAUUUUAUCAAUGACAGAUAUAAGAUUACAUCAAUUGCCCCAAUGGUAAUAAAAAACACAUUAAUAUACACUAUAUCUGAUAACCUACAGCUACCAGGAGAUUUAGUUUCUGCGAUACCUCCACUGUAUCACUGCUACAAGUCUUUGAGAUUUUUGAAUGAACUUAAUCUUUUGGAUCUGGAAGCUAACCACAAUGGAUAUACUAUCUUCCUACCAUGUUUCCAAUCAUGGGAUAUCAUGGAAUUAAAUUUAGAAUACCUAAGCGGUAAUAAAACAGCACUAAAUGAAUUAAUGAGAAACUUGAUCAUAGAUGGUUUACAUUACACAAACAAUGAUACUACUGAGUUUACUGCUCAUAAUAAAUUUGGAGAUGAGGUUACUGUUGAUUUCAGCAAAUCAGACACAUCAGAAGGUGUGAUUAAUGUAAAAAUGGAUAGUAUGGAUGGUAUACUUAAAAUAGAAAGUUUACACGAUGUGUUUUUUAACCAAGGUGUCAUCCAUCCAAUUGAUCAGAUUAUUUUUCCACAUUCGCUUAAUAUUUCACUGAAUGAUCUCAUGAAAUCAGAUGAUUGCUCUGUAUUUAAACAUCUACUGAAAAGUAUCAACCAGAUUGGAGAAAUUCUAAAUAAUGAUGACGAAUACUCUAUUUUGGUUCCGACAUCAUCUUCCAUAAUAUCAGAUGGGUUGUCAGUAAAUACAACUAACCUUGAAAAGAUAUUAAAGAUACAUAUUAUUCCAGGUAAUUAUACCCAGUCGCUUUUAGACUGUAACUCCGUAUCAAAGAGUCUAAGUGGUGAUUCAAUAUACUGCCGUAAGGCUUCACAAACAAGUAGGCUUUUGAGUUUCAUGGAUGGGCAAGAUAAGGAAGUUAGAAUUCUGAAAAUGGGUUGUUCAUCCUCAAAAAGCAAUUCGUGUAUAUUCCUAAUUGAUAAACCAAUAUCACCAGAUUGGCUAAAAAUACCGAGAACAAGGUUGGACUUGCCUGGGGUUGCUCUUGGUAUAGGUGUGCUCUUAGGUUCUUUGUUUGUAGUCCUGUUGUUAGGUUUCAUUAUUUUAAUGAGAAUGAACUCCAGAGCAGACCGGCUGUUGGCAAACACUCCAACAUCGGAAAGUUCAAGUCCAGAUGAUACUGAAAGAAAUCCCCUUUUGCAACAAAACGCGGCACAUGGUGAUCAAUAUAAUUCAAUAUCAGCCACAAACGCUGGCAAUAAUGCAUCCCAGAAUUCACAGAGUUUCGAAGCUUCUUACUCAGCUAAUGCACAAAGAUUACCAAUUAAACAGCAACGUUCUACAAACAGUACAAUUGCUAAUGCUAGGUUCUCGUAA